UUGGUCGAGGAAAACGGCAUAUUUUCAUCUCUUACCUGAUUCUAAAGGCUUUAUAAAGUUCAAGGCCCUGAAGCCUCUUCAGUUCACCAAUGAGAGCCAUUCAGGCUUUCCUAUGUUCUGUCUGCCUAGUCCUGACUGAUUUUAUUCAGCGAGUAGAAUUAACUCGAGAUGACAAACCAGCCAUUGGUGUAGUUUACCACCCAAGAGAUAAAUCUGUCGCCAAUAUGCUAAAAGAGGUCAUUAACACGUCUACAUGUCAAAGAAAUCUUAACUCGAAAUCAAACGAGAUAUGCAUCGAUGUGAUACCGAUCGAGAUAAAUUCUGCAAAGGACCUGCUGAUGUAUGAAAACUUAAAGAAGAUGAGUUGUGCAAUAGCAAUCUUCGACUUGUCAUUUGGUGAUCACUACUCCUUUGCUUUUGCUGAGGUGCUCACCAUUCCGUUACUGAGUUUCAAGCCUGCCCUUCAGGAUUUGGCAAGUGAUUUUUUCUACUCCGCACUGCCAUCUUACCAGAUGUAUUCCCGUGCGAUGGUGGACCUGCUUGAUUUCUGUAUCGGUAAAGAGAGCUCUCCAAGAGAGAAAGUAGCAAUUCUGUUUGAAGCCGAUUACUCUGCUGCAGCCAUACAGGUUUACUCAAUAGCGCGUGAAAUGGAAAAGUUUAAAGUUGAUACUAUUCCUGAAUUACAAGUCAACGACAACAUUCAGCUACAACGCGCCCUUGAAGUUCUUCCCAAAGUGCGCGCAAACUACGUUCUGGUUAUUUGUAGACCAGAAAAUCUGGCCACUAUUCUUGAGAUGUCACUGCGUCUGGGAGCUAUAAAUAAAGAUUCAAGAUGGUUUACCUUCAGCGUGGAUUUUAAAGGUAACAUAUCAAAAAGUUGUUUUAAGGGACUCGUUGGCUUCCAGGUGAACCUGACAGACGUUCAAAGGGCUACAACACUGAAGAGGAAAUUUCAGCUGGACAGCGACAUAAACCAGAUAUCAGAGAUCACGUACGCAUUGGUCAAUGAUACAGUUUACGCAGUCAUAGAAGCCUUCAAGCAAGAUACGAAAGGGAUCUCAAGACACCAGAGAGAAUGUUUCGCACUUGGGUAUAGAACUGAAGAUAGUAGUAAAAAACUGCUCAGCAAUCUAAACGAGAAGGUAAAGUUGAAGGGAGUCACAGGGUUAGUGGAUUUCGAUAAUAAGACAAGAAGCAGACUCGUGGAGAGGUUGGAUAUAAUAAAUGUCCAGGCACAGGAAGGUGACAGCGGUGGAACGUUGUUGGUCAACGUUGGUCACUGGAACGCAAACCGAAAAAAAACACUUAACAAACCAGUGCAACUUGACAGUUUGGAGGACUCUAUUGACUGGACUGGCGAUUUCUGGGAGGAAUUGCAAUGUUUAGUGCAAAAGAAGAAAAACAGAAAAAAGCCCUUGGAAGGGCGUGUGCUGAAAAUUGUUACGAUAGAAGAUUCACCGUUUUGUAUAAGGACAGCGAACCAGACCGAGGGAAAGCCAAAAUAUGAAGGAUUCAGUAUCGACCUUCUUGACGCAAUUCAAAGGAAAAUGGGCUUCAAAUAUACACUCAUAACUAACAAAGAUGGGAAAAUGGGUUCUAAAGAUCAAAAAACUGGACAGUGGAAUGGACUGAUUGGAGAAAUUAUCGAGAAGAGAGCACACGUGGCUAUAGGUGCGAUUACUAUCUCUGCUGUACGAGAGUUAGUUGUUGACUUCAGUAAGCCCUUCAUGGAUUUCAAAGUCAGUCUGUUAAUGCAGAAGGAAAACGAACAAGUGAACCUGUUUGUAUUCUUACAACCGUUUGAGAGGGAUGUUUGGCUUUCUACUUUGGCCGUGAUAGGCAUCACGUUCCUCGUGUUCUGUUUGGAUUACCUCAGCCCCAAUGGAUACCGAGCGAUGGCGGUAGGAUCUGGCGAAGGAGACGGGGACGAACUUAAUUUUUCCAACAGUAUGUGGUUUGCCGCUGGCUCCAUUUUGCAGCAAGGUGCUGAUAAGACACCAAGGUCUGGCUCAGGGAGGAUGCUGGCUGGCGCAUUCUGGUUUUUCACGCUGAUUCUCAUAUCUACUUACACUGCAAACUUGGCCGCCUACUUUACAGCCAAAAACACGAAAAGAAGCAUUAACUCUCUGUCAGACCUGGCUAAUCAGAAGGAGAUUGACUAUGGUGUGCUAAAUGGAGGAUCUUUGUACACAUUCUUCAGUCAGUCCGAGGUGGAGAUUUAUCAAAAGAUGUUCAUAAGAAUGAAAAGUGAAGACACAUUUGUCAAUUCCACAAAGGAGGGAGUUCAAAAAGUGAGGGAGGGUGGCUUUGCCUAUCUGACAGACGGACCCUAUCUGGACUACUAUAACAGCAAGGAACCAUGUAACACUAUGAUGCUGGAGAAUUUACUGGAGGCCAAAAGUUAUGGUAUUGCACUUCAAAGGAACUCCGAACUUACGAACCAAUUUUCAGUCGCCAUUCUUCAGCUCCGUGAGGAAGGUGUGGUCGACAAACUAAAAAAGAAGUGGUGGGAUCGUCGCAGUGAGUGCACAGACUCCACAGUCAAAGUUAGCAGCACACCUAUGAGUAUCUCAUUGGAUCAUAUGGCGGGCGUGUUAAUUGUCCUGGCAGGAGGGAUCGUGGUGUCCAUUAUGUGCCUCAUGGUCGAGAGGAGGUGUAAAAACCUGAGGCGGGAAGUCAACAAAAGCACGUCUAUGGCGAGCGUAAAAGAGCAGAUGGACUUACCAGCGGUGACGACACAAGUUUACCGAAGGCCAUUCUCAGAUCACGGACUGGAGAACAAAACGUUUAAUAACAUAGACAAUCGUAGGAACAUGGACGUGAAAGACGGUGCACGCCCGCGAGACAGCUUGAGUGUUCCUAGAAUGCAGUCGAGGCUUCCAAAUGUUUAUGCGGGAGCACCGGAAAGUAACCUGUGAUUGGACACCGCGUUUCAAAGGCAUAUUACGUCAUUAAUAGGGCAGAAGAACAUUUGCGCAAGGGCGGUGCCUCUAAGUCGACUUUGAUGGAAGAGUAAUUGACAAAUGUCGUAACUCGCUCAUAUUCAGAUAGUUUCUGCGGUGUUAAAAAGGUCAAAUAAACAUAAUAUGAUCUAAUACUCGAAGGCAAUUUAGCUUUAUCAACCCAGUCGAUAAAGUAAAAGGUUUAAAAGCUGACGUUUCGAGCGUUAGCCCUUCCUCAGAGCAGAAAACUUUAGCAACGGUAAACUCACCCCCCUUUAUAACAUUCAAAGGGAUGAUUAGUUCCUCAAAAUAUUAUGAUAAUAUUAUUAUCAAUAUAUUUUCCCAUUCCCCUUAAUUAGCAAGACAUACUUGUCUCUGCCUACUUAAUAGAUUUUAAUACUGUUUGUGUUUUGCUGUUUAUUACAUCCAUUUGGAAAACAUUGUAAUUCUUGCAAUCUGAUUGGCUCCUACACCUGAACCUAUAAAAAGAUGACCUCCUUAUAAAGAAAGAAAAUCCUGCCCUCUUAUUGCUUAAAAUCCCUUGACUCCCAACCUCUCCAUAAUAAGUUAUGACUAGUCCUUAAUUCCCAUCAUCUCCUCAACAGCCAGUGAGAAUUUCUUAUAGUGAAGGGCUGCAAAAUGAACUAAAUGAAACUCUGUUUUUAGGCUAAAUCUAAACAUUAAUUCAAUUAAUGGAAUCAGCUAUUGCCCACUGCAAAUGGCUGUGAUUUAUCAGUGUUUUUGCAAAUCCAUGGAUCUGGUUUCAGUCCACCAACAGAUCAUGAAAUACUUCUACUGAUAAUUGUUUAUCAUUGUUAUACAUAAAUGGUGGUUAAUAUACUAUGGUCAGGGGUUGAGCAACCUGUAUGCGCUUACACAAGGAAAAUCCUGAGAAAAUGUCGAAGAGAACAUUCUCAGUUAAAUACAAAAACACACAUGAUAACAGAUUGUGGUCAUCACAAAGUUUUAACCUGUGGUGUCCCACAGGGAACGAUUUUGGGGCCUCUUUUGUUUAUACUAUUAUAUAAACGACCUUCCCAAUUGCCUCAUGCAUUCACAACCUGGAAUGUAUGCUAAGGACACUACUAUCACUUAUGCAAGCUAUGUCUAUGUAAAAGAAAUAGAGCAUUGUGUUAACUUAGAUUUAGAUAGAAUUCAUAUAUGGCUUGCAGCAUACAAACUUACACUAAACACGACUACCGGUAAGACAGAAUUUAUAUUGAUUGGGUCUAGGCAAAGACUGUCAACACUAGAAAGGAAUCCCAUCAUUGAAAUCAACCAGUUUCCAAUUGAACAAGUGUUGACUUCAAAAUCCCCAGGAGUUCACAUCAAUGGACAUCUUUCUUGGGAGUGUCAUAUUAACAAUACAUCUCCAGGAAGAUUGCUUUUGGCAUAAGUGCAAUUAAGGUAUUUUCUCCCUUUUGAGAUUCUACCUAACAUAUACAAUUCACUGGUACAGCCACACUUUGAUGCUGCAGGAAAGACUUGACACUUCCAGAUAAAAUUUCC